AUGAAAGUCGCCUCUGCCGUCCUGAUCCUCGCCGCCGCUGCACCGCUGCUGCCACUUGUGCACGCUGCCGGAAACAGCCAGAACUGCAUCAUCGGCGGCAUCAAUCCAAAUCUGGACUAUUAUCCCGACAAAGCAACGCCAUUCAACAUCUCCCAAACCAGUCUCAGGCUCGACUACUACAACACUUACAAAACCAUCACCAACAAAGUCGAUGGGCAAGUCGUUGUCAUGUAUCCGUGCGGCUCGACUGCACCGAAUGUCACAGGUGCUAGCGUGACCAUCCCCGUCCCGAUUCGCUCUGUCGACAUUGAGGACACGAGCGUCAUUACCUUCCUGGAAGCCAUAGGCGUGCGUUCGACCAUCAAAUUCUCGUCCGUCACGUCGACAACCACGUCGCCCUGCCUUCAGCAGAUGCUGGCAUCGGGCACAUUGCAGUCAACGUCGGCUGCGAACUCGUCGCUCAAGAUCUCCCAGCUGCAAGCACUCGAUGCUGUCUUCUCCACCAGCCAGGUCACCAACACUGGCUGGGCCGCCAACACGGUCCUGUUUUCUGCCGCUUCGGACGUUGGAGCACUGCAGCGCAUAGAGUGGAUCAAUGUCGUCGGCAUGCUGUACAACCUCGAAUUUGUGGCUCAAGCUGCCGGAAAGUCCAUCAUAUCCAACUACCAGAGGAUGAGCGCCAAUGCUCGGACUUAUGCCUCCGGCUCGAAAACCUCGCUGACCAUCGCCUUCGUCACCACAUACAAGGGCCAGUACACUGUUUCUGGGGCACAGCAGUUCAAGGACUAUGCCUCGGACUUGGGACUGAAAUAUCUGGCUCCGGCCGUUUACUCGAGCCCGAGUAGCUUCUCUGCUGCUGCUGCAAGCGUAGAUAUUCUCAUCGACCUCAGCUCCUAUGGCAUUGGCGGAGCAACGGCCACAUCUUUCAACAACUUCUAUGGUCUGCAGGGCUCAACCCUCAAGUUCAUCACCAACAACAGGGUGUAUUCUCCUGACAAGACUGGCCCCUAUGGCGGAGGAUCAGAUUGGUUUGAAAGUGCUGUUCUCGAGCAAAACGUUGUCCUGGCUGAUUUGAUUGCCAUCUGCUAUCCAGCCAUCGCCCCAACUGGAUACUCGCCGAGAUAUUUCCGUAACGUGCUGUCCGGAGAGAGUCAAGUGGUGACCCAAGCAUCGAGCUGCACCAACGUCAACGCCACCCUCACCGUCCCAAAUAUCUUGCCGGCAAUCGUCACGAGCUUGUCGCAACAAUCCAGCCCCGGGCUGCUGCUGGUGAUCUUGAGCGUCGUCGUUUGCAUCAUGACGCACAGACUCGCGUGAGAAUCUCGGCCUCCCACAGACACCAGU